AUGCACUAUCAAUUAUCCACAAGCUUAAAUCAAUCAUUAAUUAAAAGACAAUUUUUAUCAUCAUCAACAUCAUUACCAAAUAAAUACAAGAUUGCUUUUUCAACAACAUCAAAAAUCACAAACAACAAUAAUGACAAUCCUAAUGUUUCUAGAGGCAGCAGUAACAACAAUAAUCUGAACUUUUCAAAAUUUGAUGGUAUUGUACUAGAUGUAUUCAAGGAUGGUACGUUAAGUCAAACUAUUGGAUCAAAUAAACUUUCUGAAAAAUUUCAACAAACAAUCAAAAAAAAACUUGGAUAUUAUGGAUGUAGUAAAGGAAAUUUAGAUUUCAAAAACCCUAGUAAUGAUCAAGAGUUAUAUGAGGUUUUGGAAAUUGCUAGAAAUGUGUCAGCUGUUGGAGUUUGCAGUCUAAGAGAAAAUAACGCUAAAAAUAUUUUAGUUGAUGUCAUGAAUAAUGAACACGGUGCUGCUGAAGGAGCAAUACUUGGAUUAUAUAAUUACAAUACUUUAAAAUCUUUAUCAUGGGAAACUGGUUUGAUUUAUGCAGAAGCACAGAAUUUUGCUUGUACACUAAUGGAAGCGCCAGCAAAUUAUAUGACCCCAACAAACUUUACUGAAUAUGUGCAAUAA